AUGAGUAUUUUAACUGCUGAAAGAUUAGUAAGAUUAGCAUAUAAAUAUCCGAAUUUAUCAAGUACCUGGUACCUUAUAGCUACCGCAUGUUUAACAGUCGUAAAUCAACCACAAGAAAUACCCAUACUUUAUCAUUUUGCGUUACGUCAACAAUUAUUAAACAAUCCAUCACCAGAAGCACAACAAACUCCAAACAACUCAACUAAUUUAUUAACAAAUAGAUAUUUAAUUCAGUUAGCUCAAGAUUCAAUAAAUUCUGCUAAGAAAUACCAAGAUUUAUCAGCUGUUGGAGUAAAUUUACCAGAUAUUUUGAUACCACAUACUUAUUAUGAAGAAUUACCAUUAGAUUUCAAAUUUUCCAAAAAUGAAGAUAUUCAUAUGAUGCAAGAUCAAUUAACUUCAAGAUUUAGAGAAGUUAUAUUAAAAAGUAUUGCAUUAAGUGGAUUACCAAAAGCUAUUAAUGCAUUAAUGAUUUUAAAAACUGUUACUCCAACUAAUUUGAAAACUGGAGUUGCUCCUGAACGUCCAUGUAUAGUACGUCCUGGUCAUAUACCAUCGGCAUCCAUAGUGAGUGAAGAUGUAAAUGGUACAAGAUUUGAUAAGGAAGAUGCUACUUCAGUUGAUACCAUUGAUGGACCAAUAUCUGAACAAUCAAUAAAUAGUCAACAAAUAGCAUCAGAUUUAGUAAGAGGUUCAAAUUUCUGGAAUGCUGUUUAUACAAAAAUAAGUAAUAGAGUUAAAAAUCAAAUGCUAACUGCUUAUCCUGAUUUAUGGUAUUUUGCUUAUCAUCAUGUUUAUGCUCCUUUAUUGAGUUUUACAAAAAUCAUGUCUGCAAAAGAAACAUCAAUGUGUGUGGUCGCUUGUUUAAUUCCCCAAGAUGUCAAUCCUCAACUAAAAGGUCACUUAAAAGGUGCUUUAAAUAAUGGAGCAACAAAAGAAGAAUUAAAUGAUGUUAGAUCUCUUGUCUUUAAUAUAUGUGAUUGGGCAGGAGGAAUUAAAUGGAAAGGUGGUAAAGAAAGCGUAGCAAAAUUAUAG